AAAAGUCAACAUGUAAAAAAGUCGGACAUUGUUUUACACUUUGAUUUUUUUUUUUUUUAACCAGGGUAUAAAACGUUGUCCAAUGUUUCGCCCUAGAAGCUUUGUUUGGUAAAUAAUUUGACGGCUAUUUUACCAAAUGUCACUGAGUAGUUUUAAAAUUCACUAAAUGCCAUCAAGUUUUUCAAAAUUCACCAAAUGCCACUAAGCUUAAGUACAAUACCACCAAAUGUCAUUUCAACCCCACCACUUGACACAUGUCAACUUCUGAUUGGUCUGUUUUAAAAAAAAAAAAAACCAAACCCCAGCCUCCACCCCAGCAGCUACCAGCCCAGCCAUGCCGCCGGUCCCCGAAAGGUAUGUCGGCGGCCGCCGGCCCCCUCCCUUUCCCCUCCUCUUCCCCCGUCGCGCGAGUGAUUGCUGGUCGUCUAACUCAUCUUAUUUUAAAAACGAAAAUGAAUUCGGGAUACAGAUCUCAACUUGAAGACCUCAACAAAACUGUCUCAGCCAUCAAGAAUGUGCUCCUUGAUGCUGACUCCAAGCGUGAACUCUCCCACGCAACACGAGGCUAUAUCGAGGACCUCAAGCUGCUGUUUAUGAUGCUGAUGAUCUGUUCGAUGAGUUCUUCACUCUUGCUGAGCUCAAGCUGCUUGAUGCCAACAGGGAUGAUAAAUUCCUUAGAAAGGUACGCCGCUUUUUUUCUGAUAAGAAAAGGGAGGUGAGUCAAGCUCAUAGGAUGUCUCGUCAGGUUAAGGACGUUAAGAAGCAGUUGGAUACUAUUGUUAGUAACCAUCACAAAUUUGGGCUUAGUGUGGACUAUAAUCCUAUUUGUAGAAGGAGGGAGGAAACUUGCUCCUACGUGAAUACAGGGGAUAUUAUUGGGAGGGAGGAUGAUAAAAAGGUUGUCAUUAAUAUGUUGUCAAGUCCGAGCGGUGUUCAUGAUAGUAUUCGUUUUGUGACUAUUGUUGGAGUUGGAGGAUUGGGUAAAACUGCUCUUGCCAGUUUGUGUAUAACGGUGAAAGGGUUGUAGCAGAGUUUUCGGAUUCCAAUUUGAGGUUGUGGGUUUGUGUGUCUGAUCAAGAUGGAGAGCAAUUUGAUGUCAAGGUUAUUCUUUGCAAAAUUCUAGAAUUAGUUUCUGGUAAAAGGCCUGACGAUACCUCCUCAAUGGAGUUGGUGCAAAAGCAAUUUCAAGAGCAGUUAAGAGGAAAGAAGUACUUGCUUGUUCUUGAUGAUGUAUGGAAUGAAGAUUGUGAGAAAUGGCGUAAUCUGUGUAGGUUCUUAACGCUGGGUCAACAGGGUAGUCGGAUUGUGGUGACUACACGUUCGGAGAUGACUGCAAAGAUUAUUGGAGAAAAACAUACGCACAAGCUGCAUGGUUUAUCUGAAGAGAAUUCGCGGCUCUUGUUCGAGUCUGUAGCAUUUGAUAAAGGGGAACACGAGCACGCAAGUCAUCUUGAAUUAGUUGAAAUUGGGAAGAAGAUUGUUGAAAAAUGCUACAAUAUCCCGCUUGCUAUAAAGGCGGUAGGAAGCCUUCUAUUUGGGCAGCCUGUGAAUAAGUGGCAGACAUUUGAGCACAGCGGAUUUGCUGGAAUUGGAAAAGGUGAUAAUGAAAUUAUGUCUAUACUAAAACUUAGUUAUCACAACCUUAGACCCUCUUUGAAGAAUUGUUUUAGCUAUUGUGCACUGUUUCCCAAAGAUUAUAGACUCGAAAGGAAGGAGUUGAUUAGCCUUUGGAUAGCACAAGGCUACAUUGUGUCGCUGGACAGAGAUCAAAGCAUAGAAGAUGCAGCAGAGGAGCAUUUCAUGAUUUUGGUACGCAGAUGUUUCUUUCAGGAUGUAGAGAAGGAUAGAUAUGGUGACAUUGAGUACGUGAAAAUGCAUGACUUGAUGCAUGAUGUUGCUCUAGAAGUGGGGAGGGAGGAAAUAGGCAUUGGGAGUUCUAAUACAACCAAAUUGGGUGAUAAAGUUCGUCAUGUGUAUUUUGGUCGUGGUACCUUUUCACAAAAUUACUCAUUGAAGAGUAAGAUCCGUUCGUUUAUUUCAUCAUGGGCAUGGGGUGAAUUAGGUUAUCCGGUGAAUGCACAUAUUGACAGUUGGAUGUGUGUAAGGGUGUUGGUUUUGCGGGGUCCGGGUAUAGUACGGUUGCCUGAUUCAAUUGGUAAGCUACUGCAUUUAAGGUAUCUUGACCUUUCUUUUAAUUGUAAUUUAGAGGGACUAUCUGAUUCUAUUAGUAGACUACAUAACUUGCAGACAUUAGAUUUAAGUUAUUGCAUACAAUUGACGGAGUUGCCAAAAAAAUUUAGCGAAUUGAUAAAACUUAGGCAUUUGGAUUUAGCUAAUUGUAAUUUGACUGGUAUGCCUUGCAUGGAUAAAUGGACUAAUCUUAGAUGCUUGAAUAUAAGUUUGCCUUCGGGCAUGGGUAAGUUGACUAAUCUUAGGGUGCUACCAUUGUUUGUGGUGGGUAUGGAAAAGAGAGUUUCAACAGAGGAGCAAUGUAUGGGAGAGCUCAAAGACCUUAAACCCCUGACCAACUUGAAAGGUGGCAUAAUGAUCAAAAUCGGCAAGUUUUACAAGAAUGAUGGAGGAGAAGAGUAUUUGAAGGGUUUGAAAUAUCUCACUGAGGUUCAUAUAAUGUUUGUUGACAAUGCUGAUGAAGAUGAUGGAUGUUUAGAGUGGGAAGAUGUGAUGGAAAAGCUAGAGCCACCUUCAAAUCUCAAGAUAUUCAGCUUGUGGAGAUACAUGGGUACGACAAUUCCAAGGUGGGGUAGAGCACUGGAUAACUGGGCACUCUCCCUCCCACUUCUUGUCGAGAUCUGGUUUUAUCGUUGUAUCAACUUGGAGCAAUUACCAUCGUUGAGGAAACUGCGUAAUCUGAAAUCACUGAGACUUGAAUCUCUACAUAAGCUGGAAUAUAUGGAGAAUACAAGCAGCAACAAUGCCAAUGAAGGAGAAGAUUUUACGACAUUCUUCCCCUCCCUUGAGUCACUCUACAUUAACGAUCUCGGUAGUUUGAAAGGAUGGUGGAGGGAGGAGGAGUUGGUAGAGGAUGAGGAUGAUGAUGAGCGUAUCUUGAGGAGUAGCUUCACAUUUCCUCGUCUCUCCACAGUGGUUGUCAUUGGGUGCCCUAAGUUAACUUCGUCUCAAAGAAAGAUGAUGACUGUUUUGGAAUUCACAAGGUGACGUCAUAUUAAGGGAGCUGCUUAUAGAUGACGUGGGUCUUCUCAACUUAAUAAACUCUCCGGUCAAUGAACUCCACAUAUGCGGGAAUAAGAAGGUGGAGAGUUUAUCAGAAAUAUGGGGAUGUAUUCCGGAAAUACAAAUACACUUCUUACCUAAGAAGCCUUCGAAUUUUUGAUUGCUCAAAUUUGAGGAGACUUGGAAGAAGGGGGUUGGAGCAUCUCACUGCCUUGGAGUCAUUUGAUUUUGAAGACAAUGAUUAACUUAGCUUCUCUGAAGACUAGGACGAUGAUGACGGCAUGCCUUGGAAAUCCCUCCAACACUGUCUCCGUUCCCUGUCUAUUGAAUAUUGCGAGGCCAUUAAAUCACUUCCUGAAUCAAUGCGGAACCUCGCCUCCCUUCAGAACCUUGAGAUAGUUGGAUGCUAGAAGAAAGAUGCAAAGAACCAGAUGGGGAGGACUGGCCCAAGAUUCAACGCAUCCCUAACAUUAAAAUUAGAUGAGUAGUUAAUUCUUGACGAGGACCUAUGAUAAGGGUGGAGUAGUCAAUGUCGUUCUGAGCAAGCCUAGCCUUUCGUUCUUCUGAACAAGUAUGGCUUAGAAUAUCCUGAUUCUUAUAAAAAAAAA